CAGGCACUUUCAUUUAAAACAGUUUCAUACGAUAAAACCGAUACUGAAAAUAAAAUUGACUAUAAUCAAUUUCUAGAUUUCCACAAUUUUUUGCAAUAUAAGUUUCCUUUUGUCCACUUACAUUUAAAUAAAACAAUUAUAAACAAAUAUUCAUUAAUUUACAGAUGGGAUGGAACAAAUUCAAAUAUUAAACCACUAUUUAUCAAUGCCCAUUAUGAUGUUGUACCAGUUGAGCAAAGUAAAUGGAAGUAUAACCCAUUUGGUGAAAUUAACAAUGAAAUUAUUUAUGGAAGAGGUGCCUUGGAUAAUAAGCUAAUAGUGAUGGCAUCAAUGGAAGCAAUCGAAGCAAUGUUAAAAAAUGGUUUUCUUCAACCUAAAAGAACAAUAUAUUUAUGUUUUGGUCAUGAUGAAGAGAUUGGCGGUGUAGAAGGUCACAAAAUGAUUUCUAAAUAUCUAUAUGAAAGAAAAGUGUUUCCAGAGGCCAUUAUUGAUGAAGGUAGUCCAAUAUUAGGUCCAAAUGUUUUCCCAGGAUUAAAUAAAAUGACCGCACCAGUUGGAAUUUCAGAAAAAGGUUAUUUAUAUUAUAGAUUAAUGGUAAAUUUAAAUAGCAGUGGUCAUUCAUCGAUUAUAAGUGAAAGUGUAAUUGGGAUUUUAUCAAGGGCAUUAGCUAGAAUUGAUAGCAAUCCAUUCGAACCUGUAGAUAAUAUAGAGUCUACCAAUCCAUUUUUAAAGUAUUUCUCCAAAGAUGUUAUUAAUGGAAGCCCACUCCUCACCUCAUUUGUUAAAACCACGACAUCAUUGACUAUAGUUCGUUCUGGUGAUAAAGUAAACAUUGCUCCAUCAUCUGCCACUGCAUGGGUAAGUCAUAGAAUUGUUCAAGGAAACACUGUUGAUUAUGUAAAGAACCGUAUAUUAGAAAUUAUAAACGAUACUAGGGUUUCUAUGGAAAUCGACGAUCACCUUGAACCAUCACCAAUCAGUUCAAAUUCAUGUUACUCUUUCCAAACUUUAAAAGAUACAUUCCAACAACAAUUCAAUGGUUAUAAUUUUGAAGUAUUACCAAUUCAAUUAAUUGCAAAUACUGACACAAGACACUAUUGGAAUUUAACUUCAAAUAUUUAUCGUAUAACACCAGCACUUGGCUCAACACAAGAUAUUUCAACUAUUCAUGGAAAUAACGAAGGUAUUUUAAUUGAUGAAUAUUUAAAGUCAAUUCAUUUUUAUAAAAAAUUAAUAUUAAAU